AUGGACACCCUUCCCCUUCUUCAUGGACCUUCCAUGGCCAAACGCCCUUGUUGUUCUGAUCCUUCCAUCGCUAAAACUCAAUCAACUAUGUUGCCGGAAUCUGACAACGAUGCGGUGUUGAAAUCUUUCUUAGCCGGAAAACGGUCCGAUCGUAAACGAUCAUCCUCACACAACGCCGUAGUAUGGCCUCUGCCUCCUGAUCUCAUGAUCAAGGUUUUUGCUAUGCUUGAUACUCAAAGCGUUUGUUAUGCUGCGGCGACGUGUUCAUUUUUUCAAAAGUGUGUUGCGGAUCCUUUGUGUUUUUCAAACAUCGACUUAAUUACGUUAGUUCCUAAGGUCAACAAUGCUGUAGUUUCUUCCAUGAUUCGGCGAGCUGGAAAUGCACUUCAGUCUAUGAAGCUUGGUGUUCUCCCACCUUGUACACCUCCUCUUUUCUGUUCAUCAGAGCCAUUAGUUUACAGUAUUAGGAACUCUACUGAUGCAUCAGGAGCUUCAUGGAACGACAAACAAUGAUCCAGACAAGGAAAAGAGUCCUGUAUUCUAACAAGGUCCUGCUUGAGUUCCUUGAGUGCGAAUGGUGGUGCACCUGGGUAUGUUGUGAUUAUAUUAGAAUAACUCAUCAUAUGGCCUUUAUGUUUGGACGCUUUCUCAUAUGGCCUUUAUUUCAGGGGGUAUGUUGUAAAUACUUUCAGCCUGUUUUCUUUUUAGCUAAUUUAUCGUUAAAAUAAAAACUGCGAAAACGCUUUCUGAUUUUACCAUGUUUGGUUUACAAUUGAAUAUUUCUUCAUUAAUGCUAUCCCCUGAAAUAAGUACCAAAAUCUAGGGACCAACAUUGAAAAUAGAAAGCAUGAGGGACCAUUUUUAUAAUUUAGAUCGACUGCAACCUAUUUAUAAGUAAAGGGAGUGGAAUGGACAGUUUUAAUAAAUUGUUUGUGUAUUUGAUUUAUGCAAUAAUAUUUUAUUUUAUUUUAUUUUUCCUCAGUUUAUAUAACAAAAUACUCUGUAUAUUAUGAAAUGUGCGACGACAUUAUUGGUAAAA